AUGAAAUGUGUCGAUAAAGUGUCGCUCGUUUAUUUAUUGACAACUUCCAUCAGCUUCUGUUAUGCGCAAAACUGCAAAACAGAUUGCUCAUCUACCUGCUCACCGAGUUGCUCAGGCAACAAUGUGUGUGCUGUAGGAACAAUGACAACAUGCGGUGUUUGCCCUGUGCCAAAAUGUGUGCCAAGAUCAACAAUUGGCCUUCCUGAUAUCGAGAAUCCCACAGACAGUAGCAGCUCAUCAAAUGCUGGCCUCAUUGGCGGUCUUGUGGGCGGUAUACUUGGUGCAGGCUUGAUUGUGGGUGUGCUGAUGUUCUUGAUGAUUCGACGCAGAAUCAAAAACAAGAACAAUAUACCUUUGGCCUUUAGAAGUAAACAGAGAAGCAACAGUAACAACAACACAGCAGUCAAUGAAGAGAUGCAGGAACGAGCCAGUCGCCAAGUUUUAUCUGGUGUCAUUCCAGUAACAUUUAUACCUCCAACAGCAAGUAGCCAUAACAGCAUGUAUACAGAAUCAGAAGCAGAAAUACCUCGUUCUCGUUAUGGAAGCUUUGCCACCUUUGCUAAUCAGAAUGAAGAUGAUUUAGAAAACCCAUUCAGUGAUCGUCCCUUCUCCAAUGCCCACAGUAUCAUGACCACCACCACUACAACAACAGACUAUCACGGUAGACGAGAUUCAAUUGAAUCCAAUGUGAGUCGACAACAUGUCGCUACUGUCGUUCAGGCAACGCAAGUCAUGAGAGCCAAACCUCAAAUCAUGCGAGUCAAUACAGUCAAAGUACAAGAUGGCGUUACUCGUAGCGGAUCAUUCAAAAAGACAAUACAACCUGACAUUGCCAACGCAUCGACUUUUACUCCCGACACAGCAACCUUAAGAGCAGCCACACCAUUAUCAGUAGCUUUACCUGCAGCGAACGCUACAACAAUCACAAUCGCAGAGGAAGACGACCCUUUUGACGAUAAGAACAAAGUAACAUCGGCUUCAUCUCCCAUUACAUCGUAUACCGAUAGCGUAGUAGGAUCACGAAACAAUAAGCCUACGGAUAGCGUCAUGUCUGCUCCUGGAGAUGGUGAAAUCACAAUCUUUUGGAAUGGAAGUUAA